AUGGGAUCUAGUAACAGCACACUUGCUAAUGUGUCCAAGGAUGAGCCACUACAAAGAUUUGUAGGGACUGAUGGAAUACCACCUAACAGUGAAUAUUGGAGGGAAUUUUUGUCUUCUGUUGGCUCAACAACAAAAAGCAGCUCUCUCAUAGACUUUGAAAAAGCAAAUAAAAGUUUGCUAAAGGAUUUGAAGAAAAAUAACUUUCACUCUCGUAACAUUCCCAAUCUCACGCAAUUUCUUAUAUCAAAGAUGUCAGAAUUAAUAGCCUCACCAGACAUAAUCGAAGACACAGUAUUAAUUGCUCAAAAUGGACUACUUAUUCUACGUUUAUCGGUGAAGUACUUGAUGGAGCACUGCUCUGAAGCCAGAUUUUUCUCUCACUUCUCUGUUAAUUCUCCUGAAGGUCCUCAUUGUUUGUCUGUAAUUGAAUGUUUGUUCCCUGUACUUUUCAGGCUCAUAACUAAUCUGCCUAUCCAAGACAAUACUUACUUGUUGCAUUGCGAAGCUCAUUUGUUGUGUAUAGUGUUACUCUCUAGACAAAUGUAUAAAGAACUAUCGGCUCCUCUACCACAAGUCUACGUUUCUGUUGUCUGGGGAAAGUGUGCAUCUCUUGCUCCUGCUUUAGUUUACCGAUUAUUGUCUAACUUUUCUGAAAAUCGUCCUGUCCCAACACUUUUACAUGGCUUUGAACAAUAUAGUUUAAUAUGGCGUGCGGCGUCGUCUAUUGCAGGUAGUUUAGUUACAAUCGUCACAUUUGGUGGUUACUUUAGUCGCACUGCCAAUAGUUCAACAAAAUCAGAUAUACAGAACAGUCCGCAUGUUGCAGUUGUUGAACCAGUAAAAAAUAAUGUUUCCACAGAUCUUUUAACAUCAGAAUCAACUAUCAAAUCAAACGAACAGUGUCAUCUAUUGUCAAAUGUCAGCUCACUACUUUUAUUGAUACUUACUACUCAGGCUGGAUCUAUUGAGAAGACUGUAUCAACUUAUUCAGAAAAUAAUAUUAAAGAUUCGAAUUCUUUAGGCCGAAAUCCAUAUCGAACAACACUUUUUUCUUUACAAGAUGAAGUUACUCAAAAAAACCAAGUUGAUUCAAUAAUGGAUACAACUCACGUGCUGCCAAAGUCAACCCCUCGAUUACAGCCAGGUGGUGCUACAUUAAAUGGACAUUUAAACAUAGUUACUCAAUCAUCAUCACCACAAAUAAAUUUCACUGCUAUCUGUGAUACAGCAGCUUCGACAUUGUCUCAGGAUAGUAGCCCACUGUUAUUGUACCUUUUAGUUCAUCGAAAUACAAACUUUCAUUCGUUCAUUAUGCAAGAGCGGGGUUAUGAGAAAGUGCUUCCACCAUUAUUAAAUAUUCUAUAUAAAUCCCAAUCACAUAAUUCACAUCUUGUCUACAUGGCAUUAAUUCUGUUGUUGAUAUUUACGGAAAAUGAACAAUUUGGACGCGAUAUUCACACAUCAGAUAUUAAAUGGGUUCAGUGGUCAACAAGUCGUCGACUUUCGAAUGUUUCAUAUGGAAGCUUAACUGUAUUAGUUCUUUGUCGUACCAUUCAAUACCAUUUGAACCAAUUGAAGGACAAAUACCUUCAUGUUAAUAUCUUGGCAACUCUAGCAAACUUAUCCCCCCGAAUUACUAAACUUCAUCCUCAUGCAUGUGAUACACUAGUUGGUUUACUGCAAUUAUUGAUCAAGCGUCAUAAUAAAACGGUGGACAUUUUGCGUAAAAUGUCUGAUGACAACCAAUCACAAUCGGCUGCCGAAAUCACUAAACUUUUAUCAAAUACAUCACUUAUAUCAUCUGAUACACAGGAAGAAAUGGUUCAAGAAUUAGCCUUACUUGAAGAAGUAAUUCGAAUGCUGUUAGAAAUUAUUAAUUCAAUUCUUACACAUACGAUGGUGUCGAAUCCAGAUUUAAUUUAUUCUCUUUUGUAUAAAAGGGAUUCAUUUACAUCACUUCGUUCACAUCCAUCGUUUCAGAAUGUGGUACAAAACAUUGAUAUUGUUUUAACUCAUUUUUCAAAAAAAAUUGAAUUAGAAUUAGGACCUCAACCAACUCAACCACAAGCUGUUAUGCAAGUGAUUAUAAAACAUGUUGGUAAUACUCAAAGAAGUUGUAAUCUGAAAAAAUUCCCAGAUCUGAAAUUUAAAUAUGUAGAAGAAGAAUCCCCAGAUGAAUUUUUCAUACCAUACGUUUGGUCUGUUGUACGACGCCAGUCAGGCAUACAUUUUAAGUCUGAAUCGCUAUUGUUAUUCUCGGCUGCUCCUCAAAACAUUCAAAAUACAACUGAAAACGACGACAUUAGUGAAGACAAUGAUAGUGUUAUGAAUAAUGGCGAAUCAAAUCAUGAGCAAGUACUGGUAUAA